CACUGUUAUUCACCUCACCCACACUCUUUCCAUAUCUGGCGAAAGGUUACUCUUCAAAUUACCAUUACUACCCUCCUCAUCAACUCUCCUUAUCUCUGCCAAAAUCCCAAGACUACCCUUUAACUUUAUUCUUCUUCUUCUCUCUCUCUCCCAUCUUUUUCACACCCAUUCCUCUCUAACCCAACAAACAUCAAAAGCUACAGCCGGUCGGUCUUGUGCUUCUGGCCGGCGACCCACAAAAACCCGCUUCCUUUUUAUUCUUUUUUCAUGUUCUUCUUUGGCCUCAAAGCCAAGAACCUUCUCUUUUUUUUUUUUUAAUUUUAAAAUUACAGUACUUGCCCAGCAAAGCUUUUCGUAUUAAAUAACUUAUUUUAGUCCUGAUAAUGCCAUGUUAGUGGCUUGUAGUUUUGCUCUCACGACUCAGUCUUUCUACUAAGAAAUCUUCUAAAUGUGAGAAAUUGUCGACAGUUGGUGACGUUGAAGCCUUCAUUUUUUUUUUCGUUUUUAAUGAUUUGUUCAAGUUUUGCCGUUCAGUCUCUUUCCUAGCUUUGAUUGAAUCAAACUAAGGGAUCUCUUUGUCCUUAAAGAACCUUUCUUAUUUAUAAACAGAAGGUAAGCUUUUUUUUCAUAUCUUAGCACUAUGUUCUCGAUCUGCUGUUUCUUGGUUUGAAAAUAUGGAUCCAUCUUUUCUUGCUUAAAGGUAUACAUGUUCUGCCGUUAAAGGCGUUUUCUAUUUUAGAUUACAGCAAAUAACUUGUGAUUUGGGAUCUUGGGUGUCUCAGAGCAACUACUACGAUGUUGUUGUGCUCUUAUGUUUGUUUCGGUCAUGGUGAUCUUUCGAUUGUGAGUUUGGUUGCUUUCAUGUUUUGUUAAAUGUGUUGUUUUUCUGCUGAUUUUCGGCUAAAUUGUGGGGUUUUUGCAAUGAUGAUUUUGUUUGAUUGCCGAUAAAUGUAAGAAAAGAUUUUGGAUCUUGAAUGCUUCUGCUGUUCUCUGCCGCUAGUUUGAUUUAAGUUUUUUCGACUAAAAUUUGUGUGGCCCUACCUUAUAAUUUUUUUUUAUUAGCAGCCAAACAGAGUUUGUAGAUCAUCUGUUGCUACUCUGUGAGCUGGUCUAUUACCGCGUAGAGAUUUUGAAACCUUUGGGAAGAUGUUUUGGCAACAUUUUUUUGAUAUGUUGUAAGAUUUAGACAUGGAAAUUAUGGUUUCUGAAUUGCAGUGGUCUGUUAUUAACAUGUGAGACAGUUCUAUAUCGAAUCUUAAUGGAAUUUAGGCAAUCUGGUUUUUAUUUUUUAUGUUUUAUGAUUUGAUCCUACAUAUAUGCAAUACAUGCUGAUGUUAAAAUUUUGUGCAAUCCUAAAAUUUCAGGUUCUGAAGAUACUUCUCUGUCCAUCAUAAAAUAUGGCCUCAAAAUCAUUUAAACUUAGUCGAUCAAAUUUAUCAGUGAGCUCAGAUGCUACCGACUCGCAGAGGCCUCCACUGCCUCCAACUGUGACAUUUGGAAGAAGAACUUCUUCUGGUCGCUAUGUCAGCUACUCCAGGGAUGAUCUUGAUAGUGAACUUGGGAGUAGUGAUUUCAUGAACUAUACAGUGCAUAUACCACCAACCCCCGAUAACCAACCCAUGGAUCCAUCUAUCUCACAAAAGGUUGAAGAGCAAUAUGUGUCGAAUUCACUUUUUACUGGAGGGUUUAAUAGUGUCACACGGGCUCAUCUAAUGGACAAAGUGAUUGAUUCUGAGACAAGCCAUCCCCAGAUGGCUGGUGCCAAGGGGUCCUCUUGUUCAAUACCAGGCUGUGAUGGCAAGGUCAUGAGUGAUGAACGUGGUGUGGAUAUCCUCCCUUGUGAGUGUGAUUUUAAAAUAUGCCGAGAUUGCUACAUAGAUGCAGUGAAAACAGGUGGUGGAAUUUGCCCAGGUUGUAAGGAGCCAUAUAAGAACACUGAAUUGGAUGAAGUAGCUGUAGAAAAUGGGAGGGCACUUCCAUUCCCUCAAUCUGGAACAGUGUCCAAAAUGGAGAGGAGGUUGUCAUUGAUGAAGUCAACAAAGUCGGUCCUUAUGAGGAGCCAGACUGGGGAUUUUGACCAUAAUAGGUGGCUGUUUGAAACUAGGGGGACUUACGGAUAUGGGAAUGCUAUAUGGCCAGAUGAUGGGGGUUUUGGCAAUGGGAAAGAUGAAGAAAUUGCUGAAUCCAAAGAGUUGAUGAAUAAAUCAUGGAGGCCACUUACCCGGAAAGUAAAGAUACCAGCUGCUGUUAUCAGUCCAUAUAGGCUGCUCAUUUGUAUUAGGAUUGUGGUCCUGGCGUUGUUUUUGACAUGGAGAGUUAGACAUCCAAAUGAGGAUGCAAUCUGGCUGUGGGGGAUGUCUGUUGUUUGUGAGAUAUGGUUUGCAUUUUCUUGGCUUCUUGACCAACUUCCCAAGCUAUGUCCAAUCAAUCGGGCCACAGAUCUUAAUGUCUUGAAGGAGAAAUUUGAAACACCUAGCCCAAGUAACCCCACUGGUAAAUCUGAUCUCCCAGGUAUAGAUAUCUUCGUAUCUACUGCAGAUCCAGAGAAAGAACCGCCUCUUGUCACUGCAAAUACUAUUUUGUCAAUCCUAGCUGCUGAUUACCCUGUGGAAAAACUUUCUUGUUAUGUUUCUGAUGACGGAGGUGCGCUUCUGACAUUUGAGGCUAUGGCGGAAGCAGCAAGUUUUUCUAAUAUUUGGGUUCCCUUCUGCCGUAAACAUGACAUUGAGCCCAGGAAUCCGGAAACUUACUUCAAUUUGAAGAGGGAUCCUUAUAAGAACAAAGUGCGCCCAGAUUUUGUCAAGGAUCGCAGAAGAGUGAAGCGUGAAUAUGAUGAGUUCAAGGUCCGAAUCAAUGGUUUGCCUGAUUCCAUUCGCCGCCGAUCUGAUGCUUAUCAUGCUCGUGAAGAAAUCAAGGCAAUGAAACAUCAAAGACAGAAUAGAGAUGAUGAACCUGUGGAGAGUGUAAAGAUUCCAAAAGCUACAUGGAUGGCUGAUGGUACCCACUGGCCAGGGACUUGGAUGCAUCCUGCACUGGAGCAUUCUAAGGGUGACCAUGCUGGUAUAAUACAGGUGAUGUUGAAACCUCCUAGUGAUGAACCACUGCAUGGAAAUGCUGAUGAUACAAAGAUCCUUGAUUUUACGGAUGUUGAUAUUCGUCUCCCAUUACUUGUUUAUGUUUCUCGUGAGAAACGUCCUGGAUAUGACCACAACAAGAAGGCAGGGGCCAUGAAUGCGCUUGUUAGAGCCUCAGCCAUUAUGUCUAAUGGCCCCUUCAUUCUCAACCUUGAUUGUGACCAUUACAUUUACAACUCUCAAGCAAUGAGAGAAGGCAUGUGCUUCAUGAUGGAUCAGGGAGGUGAUCGCAUUUGUUAUGUUCAGUUUCCUCAGAGGUUUGAGGGUAUUGACCCUUCUGAUCGAUAUGCUAAUAACAACACUGUUUUCUUUGAUAUCAAUAUGCGCGCUCUUGAUGGUCUCAUGGGUCCAGUCUAUGUUGGUACUGGAUGUCUUUUUAGAAGAACUGCUCUGUAUGGCUUUGAUCCUCCUCGAGCAAAAGAAUAUCACCCAGGUUGCUUCAGCUGUUGCUUUGCCCGUCGCAAGAAGCAUUCCUCUGUUGGGAACACCCCAGUAGAGAACAGGGCCUUAAGAAUGGGUGAUUCUGAUGAUGAUGAUGAAGAGAUGAACCUCUCGCAGUUUCCUAAGAUGUUUGGCAACUCAAGUUUCCUCAUUGAUUCAAUCCCAGUGUCAGAAUUUCAAGGUCGCCCCCUUGCUGAUCACCCAGCUGUAAAGAAUGGACGCCCACCUGGUGCUCUUACCAUUCCUCGUGAACUUCUUGAUGCAUCAACUGUUGCAGAGGCAGUUAGUGUCAUCUCUUGCUGGUAUGAAGAUAAGACAGAGUGGGGACAGCGAGUUGGGUGGAUUUAUGGGUCUGUUACUGAAGAUGUUGUCACUGGUUAUAGGAUGCACAACAGGGGAUGGAAAUCAGUCUAUUGUGUCACCAAGCGUGAUGCCUUCCGUGGCACUGCACCAAUCAAUCUCACAGAUAGGCUUCAUCAAGUCCUCAGGUGGGCUACUGGUUCUGUUGAGAUUUUCUUCUCUCGCAACAAUGCCCUUCUAGCCAGCCCAAGAAUGAAACUUCUGCAGAGGAUAGCAUAUCUCAAUGUUGGAAUCUACCCAUUUACUUCAAUCUUCCUGAUUGUCUACUGCUUCCUACCUGCAUUGUCUCUCUUCUCCGGCCAGUUCAUCGUCCAGACCCUUAAUGUUACUUUCCUCGUCUACCUGCUCGUGAUCUCUCUCACUCUAUGUUUACUUGCUUUGCUUGAGGUCAAAUGGUCUGGUAUUGCACUAGAGGAGUGGUGGAGAAAUGAACAGUUCUGGUUAAUCGGAGGGACUAGCGCCCACCUGGCUGCUGUGCUUCAGGGGUUGUUGAAAGUUAUUGCAGGAAUCGAAAUCUCUUUCACCUUGACCUCGAAAUCAGCUGGUGAUGAUGUUGAUGAUGAAUUUGCGGACCUUUACAUUGUCAAAUGGUCAUCCUUGAUGAUACCACCAAUCGUGAUCAUGAUGCUCAACAUAAUUGCAAUAGCUGUUGGAUUUAGCCGCACAAUAUAUAGUGUCAUACCGCAGUGGAGCCGUCUAAUAGGUGGUGUUUUCUUCAGUUUCUGGGUAUUGGCUCAUCUCUACCCUUUCGCUAAAGGGCUGAUGGGGCGACGAGGAAGAACACCGACCAUUGUUUUUGUGUGGUCGGGACUUAUCGCAAUCACCAUAUCACUCCUCUGGGUGGCUAUUAAUCCCCCCUCUAAUACUGACCAAAUCGGAGGCUCAUUCCAGUUCCCUUGACAGGCCAUUCAUUUCUCUGGAGUUGCAUUUGUUCAAUGACAUUCCUUCAUUACAUUUUUUUUUUCACCUUAAAAAUUUUAAUGUUGGACAGAAAACUAGGCAUGUUCAGUUUGUUGUCUUCGUUUCAACUGGUGAUUACUUGGGUUGCAAGUUGUAGUGAAAGUUAGCAGACAUUAUAGUACCAGUUGCUGGAUGGAUGACUAGGAAUAUGCUUAUUGUGUUCUUUUGUAAUGUAGAAAGGUGAACAACAUCAAUUUAAAAAAGUUUGUUGCUUCUUCUUA